UGGGGAUGAAACAGAGAGAAAUAAGAAAAACAUUCACUAGCUAGCUCUUGUCCUGUAUAUAUAUAUAGCUAUAUAUACAGUACUAAUUUCAGCUCACACACAUCUACAGUCUCCAUCUAAAAAGAAAGAAUCAGUUUCAUAUCAUUUGCAGCAGCUUGUCACAAUGUCACGACCAAUACCUGUUGAACAAAUGGUGAAAGAGUUCAAAUCACGUCACACAACAUCCCACUUGUCCAAGAUAGAUAAUUUCUCUCUACUCAAAAAGCAUAACGUCAAAAUGGUCGAAUCCUCUGUUUUCACCCUUGGUGGUUACAAAUGGAAACUCAUUGUGUACCCAAAUGGGAAGAAUGACAAUGGUUAUGUCUCUAUCUUCUUAGUGAACCAGGUUUCAGUAAAUGCUAAGCUCCAGUUCCAUCUCUUUGUCAUCAGUCAGCUAAGGCAAACAUGGCAAUCUUCUGGAACAAUGGACUUUGGUAUAUCUUCAACAUCUCAAACGAGAGGAGCUUUAAACUUGACACCAGUGGCUGAUCUUAGGAAAAAUGGGUAUCUUAUUGAAGAUUGCUGUAUACUUGGUGUCGAGUUUUACAGGAUUGGAAACCCUAAAUCGGGAACAGCAGAAUGUUUAAGCUUAAUAGAGAAGCCUCAUAACCACAGAGUCACGUGGAAGAUGACCAGGUUCUCGUCUUUCGAGCCUGAAAAGAUUCAUUUUUCUGAUGACUUUAUCGUUGGAAGCCGAAGAUGGAGGAUUAAAGUUCAUCCAAGAAAAGACAAACCUUUUUCUGUGUAUCUGUCGGGAGAAGAGUUUAUAAACAAUGUUCCAAGGACAAAUACUUUCGCCAAGUUUAAGCUACGGGUACUGGAUCAAGUUAAACGGAAGCAUCUUGAGAAAACAUAUUCGGGUUGGAUUGGUGCAGAACCUGAUGAGUCCCAUGGUUUUGCGGAUUUCAUGCCUUUCAAGAGUCUUGAUACACCUUUUUUGGUGAAGGAUCAUUUCUAUGUGGGAGUUGACUUUGAACUCAUUUCUAUAACUAAGCUUUUAUAAAUGUAUGUGUAACACUGAAACAGCAAGAAGUGUUGUAAUGUAAUGAAUAAAUAGGAAGCUUAGCUUGCACACACACAAAGCAAGCUUAGCUUCUUGGAUUUAAUACGUCGUUUGUAUUAAAAUAGCAAAGAAGUGAUAUUUUGUGUGAAUAAGAUUAUGGAUAGUAUUGGAAUUAGAUAAACUUCUUGUUAUUCUUCAAGAAC